UCUGUGUAUCAACCAUCGGCGGUGUCAGCCAAAAUAAACAUAAACAAAAACCGAUGAGAUACUAAUCCGUUCUAUUUCAAGAUGACUUCAAAGAAAAAACCAGCGAAUACUUUAACAAUCGAAAAAGUGCGCAUGAAGCGAGUCAACGUCUCCCAGUGUCGACUUUGUCUACGCAUCGUUCCACUAGAGCAACUACGAAGCACCCGCACUAGUCCCGGUUUUCAGCAGAAAAUCGCAGAGGCGGUCGCAGUAAAGAUAUCACCACUUGAACCGAAGGCCUCUGUGUGCUUCAACUGUCUUCGAUUGGUAAGCAUUGUUUGGGACUUUCGGGAGGCUUGCCGGAAAAGUAACUUGAUGCAGAUAGCCAAACUGCCGAUGAGAAUGGACAACGGUAAUUGGACAAGUGAGGAGAACCAGGAAUCGUUGGAAAAUUGUCAAGAAAUGUUGAAACGACACCGGUCGCAAAUGGAUGCACUAUUCAAAUUGUCUGGGGUUAAGGAAGAUGAUUUUCCUGAGGAAAUUUACAACCCGCUUCCAAUAGAAGUGCUUAUUGUUGACCAGUCGAACGAACCAGAAAAGCGGUUGGAUGCGGCAACUAAUGAGUCGUGUGCAGAAAAGAGGUUACUCGUCACGGAUAAAACUGGUAGUGAGACCGAAUCAUGCGAUGAUGAUUUUAACUGUUCCAUUCCAAUAACAAUACCCGUGGAAGAUGAUCAACCGAAGGUCUCUAGCGUACCGAAAUCGAAAUAUAUCUGCGAAAUUUGCGGGUUUAUUGUAAGUCGGGCGAAGGAAGAAAUUCACAGAAACAGGCACUUGGACGUUAGGCCAUAUACCUGUACGCAGGUGGGUUGCGAGCUGAAGUUUUUUUCGCUGGAAAGCAUGAAUGAUCACGUGAAAUUUGUUCACUCGGAUUUCUACAAAUACAUUGAGUGCGAGAUUUGCAACCGGAAACUCAAAGGCUUAAUGCGGCUCAAGAGACACAUGAACGGCCACGGGGAAAAUAAUAGGCUGAAGGUUCCAUGUCUCAUUUGCGGUAAGAAAUACUACAAACAUUACCUAAUAGAUCACCAGUCUGUACAUAUAGGAGCGCUAAACUAUUCUUGCGAGAACUGCGGACGGCAAUUUGCAGCAAAGAAUAACCUUACCACCCAUAAAAAACGUUGUCCACCGAAAUCUACGGAAAUGGUUUCUUAACGUUGCUUGUAAAAUGCCGGUUUAAUUCAUU